CGGGAGCCCGCGGCCGGCCGUGCUGGACCCCCAGGUCUUGAGUGGGGGCCUUGGCAGCCGGGGCCGCAGAGCUGCUCAGGGUCGCCCGCUCGCGGGGCGGGGUCUGCGGGUGGCGAUGGCGGUGGGCCCGCCGGUACCUGUGGGGGACCGCAGGACUUCACAGCCUCCAGCCAUGCAGCAACUGGCCCUCCCCCUACUGGACCACCCCAGGCCUGAAGGGGAGCUGCUGCUGGUUCUCUCCCCCGUGCCCUGCCCUGCGACCUCUGACCACACAUCCCUGAUACUGGGCGUUGCCGCCAGCCCAGAGAGGAGCCGUCCGCUGGGUUGGCGAGGCUGCCAUCGUCCAUGAGAGCUGGGCCCUGGAUUAUGCCAUCCAAGCCAGCGUGCCUGGGGCACUCAGAGGCAGCACCCGAGCAGCCCACCGCCCAUGGGCAUCUGCACCCUGAAGGCAAAAUGCUCAAGGGGCAGCUUCCAGGCACAGACAAAGACCUCACCCCCUGCCCAGAGUCCCUGCCCACCGACAGCUGUCAGGGCCCAGAGAAGAGUCCAGUGCUCCCUCUGAACAUUCCAGCAAAAGUCAGCAAUGAGGACCCGCAAGCUAAGGCAAAUCCCUUUACCCCAAAGCCGCCGACGAGGCCCAGGCUGGAGCGAGCGCUGUCCCUGGAUGAGAAGGGCUGGAGGAGGCGGCGUUUCCGAACCAGCCAAGAGGACCUAGCCUCCCGGAAUGGGGCCAGCCCCUCCAGGGGCUCCUCGCAGGACGAGGCCCCUGGUCCCCCCGCCCCCAGUGGCCCCCCGCCCUGCCUGAGCACCUCCUUGCAGGAAAUCCCCACGUCCCGCAGGCCCCCAGGCAGCCCCUCCCUGUGGGGUAACUGUCUUUCUGGAAUGAUCAGCACUUCCCUGGACCUCCUGCACCGGGACGGCGCCGCAGCCGGGAGCACCCCCAGGCUGGCCGGCGUGCUUCCCCCACGGCCAGUGCCCGCCAUGGAGCAGGCCGUGGUCUCCCACUCCCUGCGGACAGCGAACAAGGUGGACGAGGACCACGCCGACUACAAGCUCCGCCUGCAGACCAGGCUGUUCCGGGCCCACAGCAGCCUGGGCCCCGGCCGGCCCCCGAGCCCCCUGGCCUGCGACAACUGUUCCCUUCGCUCGGCCAAAUCCUCCUUCAGCCUCCUGGCGCCCAUCCGCACCAAGGACGUCCGGAGCAGGAGCUACCUGGAGGGGAGCCUCCUGGCAAGCGGGGCCCUGAUGGGGGCCGACGAGCUGGCCCGCUACUUCCCGGACCGGAACAUGGCCCUCUACGUGGCCACCUGGAACAUGCAGGGCCAGAAGGAGCUGCCCCCAAACCUGGACGAGCUCCUGCUGCCCGUUGAGGCCGACUACGCCCAGGACCUGUACGUCGUCGGGGUCCAGGAGGGCUGCUCCGACAGGCGGGAGUGGGAGACUCGCCUGCAGGAGACGCUGGGCCCGCACUACGUCAUGCUGUACUCAGCGGCCCAUGGCGCACUCUACAUGUCCGUGCUCAUCCGCCGGGACCUCAUCUGGUUCUGCUCAGAGGUGGAGAGCUCCACGGUGACCACGCGCAUCGUGUCCCAGAUCAAAACUAAGGGGGCCCUGGGCGUCAGCUUCACCUUUUUCGGCACCUCCUUCCUCUUCAUCACGUCCCACUUCACCUCUGGAGACGGGAAGGUCAGCGAGAGGCUGGUGGACUACACCAAAACCAUCCAGGGCCUCGCGCUGCCCAAGAACGUGCCGGACACCAGCCCCUACCGCUCCGACUCAGCGGACGUCACCACCCGGUUUGAUGGGGUCUUCUGGUUUGGAGACUUCAACUUCCGCCUGAGCGGGGGGCGCAUGGCCGUGGAGACCAUCCUGAAGCAGGACCUGGGGGUGAACGUGCCAGCCCUGCUGCAGCACGACCAACUUACUCGGGAGAUGAAGAAAGGGUCCAUCUUCAAGGGCUUCCAGGAGCCAGACAUCCACUUUCUCCCAUCGUACAAGUUUGACAUCGGGAAGGACUCCUACGACACCAGCUCCAAGCAGAGGACGCCCUCCUACACGGACCGGGUCAUGUACAGGAGCCGCCACAAGGACGACAUCUGUCCGGUCAAGUAUUCCUGCUGUCCUGGGAUCAGGACGUCUGACCACCGCCCCGUGUACGGCCUGUUCCGGGUGAAAGUGAGGCCAGGGAGGGACAACAUCCCGCUGGCUGCUGGCAAGUUUGACCGAGAACUGUACUUAAUAGGAAUUAAAAGACGGAUUUCCAAAGAGAUUCAGAGGCAGCAAGUGCUGAAGAACCAGCACUCCAGCACCGUCUGUACCGUUUCUUGAGGAAGCUUGCCGAGGGAGGGCUUGUCACCCACGGUGUGGGAGGUCUGACCCCAAACCCUGGAAGACAGAAGAGGUUGCAGUUCGGGCAUCUGGCCCUCCUUGGGGUGCAGGUGAGCCGCUGCGGGCUGGCCUUCCUCCUUACCAGGACCCCAGCAGGAGGCUGCAGGCUGGAGAGAGCACCGGCCCUGAGGGCCUGGUGUCCGUCCCUGCUUGCUCACCGCAGCCCGACUCACGCCCCUCAGGGCAGGCCAGCACCCGCCACACCUCCGGGCACUCUCGGUGGCACACGUCAAGUCAGGGCUGCCCGGAGCCAGUGUUUGCUGCCAGUCCCGUGUGUCAAUCUGCAUCCUCCCAGCAGCCCUCCUCAUCUGAGCUCUGGUGGCCCAGCACUGGGGGAGGCUGCUCGGGGGCGGGUGACCCUGGGCCUCAGGUCCCAGGGACGCACACUAGGACCAGGCUGAGGCUGAGUCAGUCAAAGCCGACAGGAGGCCAAAGCCAGCCGACCUCCCACGAGGGAGCGUGGUGCCCGAUGCUGGGCUGGGACCAGGAGGGCCCCGGCCAGCGUUCCAGGGCCGCAUCCUGGUCUCAGGUCUGGGCUCCCAACUCCGGCCACCACCUCUCUCCUGUCCUGUUUUGGUAACUUCAGACCAUUUGCUCCGUAACAUCAGCCACGAGUGGCGUUGAUGUAAGUGGUGCGUUUCCUGGCCUGAGAAGCUGUUAGAAUGUCAGCACCUUGCCAACCUAGGCCGGUGCCCACUAACCACAUCCUGGAUCUUUUCUUAAACGGUUUAGGGCCCAUUAUUGCUCUGAGUCUUAUCCCAUCUCUUGAAAAAGACAAAGGCUUUGAAUGUGGGGAAAUCCAGGGGCAUUCAACCUAGCAUUUUAAAUUAUUUAUUUUUCCAUAUUUAUAUUUUUAAAUAAAUGUAUAUAUUGAAUCUUAAACUCUUCCUGGCCAAAGAUUGAGUCCUAGAAAGAAACAGCCUGCAUGCACACCCUGUUCAUACAACGCUCUUACAAGAAAAGGCAGGAAGUUUGCUCCUGCGUCCAUCCACCGCCCCUGGGGACCUGUGAGCCACAAAGGGGCCUCCGGGAGAAGUGAAACUUCAGACCUGAGUGAAUCGUGAUGAAAUGAUAAGUCAAGUCAAAGAAUGGUGUGUCAGACUUUUAUUAGCAGCUGCUUCCAAAAUAUGGAAUUUAAGUUUUAAAGCAAUACACACCCAACCUUUUGAUUCAAGUGGCAGAAAUUCCAGAAUGAGAAGGCACAGCCAAUCCCAUCUAAUUUCAGGAAACUAUUCAGAUUGUCUGUAUGUAUGAAAUUUUGCUCAAAUGAACAUGCCGUCGAGUUGCAAGUCAAUUAACUGAAAAUCUCUGUUAGAAAGAUUUUUGUGAUGAGGCUUGAAAUGAGUAAGAUUUUUCCUUCCAGGCAUUUUCUCUGACCCAAACCAUGGAAAAGAGAUUUCAGUGAGACCCCGGGGUCUGUUAGUUUGGCCCGAGACCAAGCUCCCCGUCUCUGGGGAAUCACAUCCGUCCAAGAGGAUCGUGGGUCUGAAGUUCAGCGAAUGCCUUCAAACCAGCCUUCAGGGUUAGGUGAAUGGACCGUCACUUGGGAAGUCAGUUUAAAAUGCAAGUUAACGCAGAUGAAAUUGGCCAGUCUGGACAAGCAGCUUCAUAAAGAUUUGUGAACGUGA